AUGAAAGAGGCACGACGCUUCAAAGUUGGGACCGAGGCACAUCCGGAAAGCAAAUUUUAUAUCGAGCCGGACAAUGUCGAGGAACUGGCACUUGAACUUCCGUCUGGAGAACAUUGCCACCUUUACGGGCAUCGACAGCGAAAAGUCGACAAUCGCAUGAGCAACAUUACGUUAUCGUCGGGAGAUUUGCCCAUUGUCAACUGUAUGGAUUAUGGCCUCGUUUACCCUCAGCCCU